AUGGAAGCAAGCUAAAAUUUUUACAGUGCUAUGGAUCCCUCAUUGAAAAUAUGGAUCACAAUAAACGGAGUGAUUCUUAUUCAUGUUAUCAUCUCUCAGUUUAUAUACAUUGUUUCCUUCUGGAAUGUUGCCCUAUUCUUCAUUAAUCUUGCUAUUUUCAUACUACCUCUGGCUUUAAACCUAAUAUACCUGCUGGGAACUGACAAAAUUAGAAACUUUAUCAUUCUUACUAGAUUCAGACAUGUUAUUGACUUAUUCUUAUUGGCCAUUUCAAUCCUCUUUAUAACUGUGUUGGUAUUUGUCGGUUCAGGGGCUUCAAAAAUUUAAUACACUGAAUUUUUGAGUUUACUAUUACUGAGUGAGUACUUUUUGAUUUUGGCAUUUGUAUUUGGACAAUUAUUGCAUAUAAUAUCUUUUAAAGUACUCUAAGUUAAAGCACUUCAAUUACAAACUCAAGCGUAUCAGCCAGCCAAGAAAUCAAGUGACAGUGAUGAUAUUAAAGUUUGA